UAGUUUCUCAGUUUCGGAAAAGCACCGGGUCCCGGGAGCGAAGUGCGAGUCAGGUGAGAAAACUUUGACGGCUGACAAACAAACAAAAAGCUACAUAAAUUUGGUCGGAAUUGGAAAGAACUAGUCCAAAGGGACUGGGGAAGGCCAGCAUCGAGUUUCCUGACAGCUUGAGAUUGACGUAGCGAAAGAAAAGGUCCACCAUUGAGCACACAUUGACUGCUCAUCAACUUCAAGUGACAUGACAGACUGACUCAAACAAAGUUCACUUUCACUUUUCAUGAAGUCUGGGAACGUUUGGAAGAUGGCCGGCUCGGAAACGUUUGGCGUUGGCUAUUGCUUGCUGACAACUUGAGAGAUUCCUGUCACGGAUAUCCGAUCACAGAUCUGAUGGAACAAGAAGGGAGUGUUGAGGAAACUGCCAAAGGUGGCAUGGCAGCCGCAGUUGGAAACACUGCUGACGAUGGUACCACCAACUGCAAAUCUGGCAAUGCAAAUGGAGCAGAGGACACCAAAGCCAGUCUUUCAGGUACAAGAACAAGAACAAGAUCCAGUAAGUCCACAAGUAGCAGCUCAUCCCAUGGCACCAUCACUCCUGACAGACCACCCAGCCCCACUCCUACAUCACAGGGCAUGGGCUGCAAGAACUGUACUCCUUGUGGAAAUACCAGUAUGCCAGGUAGCGAUAAUGGAGGCGCAGCCCAUAUCACUGUUUACAAUUUUGGAAACAUCCAAGGCUCUCAAAUUGGACAUGGUGGUACCCUGCACAACAUUCAAGCAAGACAAACUUCAUCCAAAGGAGGGCAGACUGAUGAAACCGAACGGGCAGUAGACUUUGUAAAUUCCAUUAUCAAUCCUGGAAACUAUCCAAAUCAAUAUUGUCUGAAGUAUGAAGACCUUGCAGAGAGAUUUCAGUCUAGGCAUGGGAGGUUUAAAGACCUUGGUGUUGGUCCCUUGAAAGCUUUCUUGCAAAAGUCCCCCCAUUUUGAUUUGGUGCAGACAGAAGCUGGUCUCAUGGUUCAACAGAAAUUCGAACAGGGCACACCGAUUGGUGAGGACCAAGUAGACUCCCUUGUAAAUUCCUUUGAUUUACAAACAAGAAUGCAAGCAAACCUUCCUGAGUUCAAUGAUGACUCUGAUUUGGAGGUAGACUUUCAAAGUUGUUACAGUCAUUCUCUGGGGAGUAGGUCAUCCUCUCGUGUCACAAGCCCUGGCAUCACUACUCAGCGCCCAGUCAUUUUUGGCCAAGAGCCAAUUGAUCAGGGUAGUUGCAAUUGGAACUAUGUGAGGCCAAAAAGUAGACAUGUAAGACAUAGCAGUGGUGGGUCUGAGCGCUUGUCUCUAGAUCUGUCAGGGUCCCCCUCAAUCUUUACCUCUCCUUCACCCUGUUUCAGCUUUUCCUCUUCAGCAGACAGCAGGCUUCCUUCGACACCCUACUUUAACACAAACAUAUCUGCUGAUCUUUUGGACAAACUUUUGCACAAACCUGCAGGACCAAAUAUUCUGUUCAGAGAAAGCGAAGUUGUCUAUCAAGGACACGAAGGGCAAGCAGCUUUCAUGCUCGAUGUUGUGUCCAUGUGGAACACUCCAAAAAGAAAAGAAAGAGCAUUUAUAGUGAUGGGAGUUCAGUGCAAGUGCCCGCCCCCUCAUGAUGUGAUUGGACUACAGGACACAGGCCUUGAUGCUUACUACCAGAAUCUUUUUGACACUGCCAAGUGCUUCUCCUAUAAGCCUCCUUUCAGGUAUGAAGAAUUCAAGCAUCGGGACGUGUUAUUAGGCAUUGUUGUCAUCCCACCUUGCUUUGGUUCGAGGUACACUGAGCCUUGCAUAGCAGAGGAUUCUCUGGAACACGGUAUGUGGCACCAAGACGAGCUUUGGUAUCGCGACGGUCCUUGCAACGCCGCCGCACCAUCACAGAAUCAUGCUAAAGUCUUUACUUGGUUUCGGGACAGCACGUCACCUAGAAUUGCAAAGGCUCAGCUCAAAUUCCCCUUGCUAGGAAGAGGCGAGGAAAAAUGGGAAUCCUUCUUUGAGGCAGUUGACCAGUUUGACAGUCGACGUUCUUAUUGCCUCAUUCUUAGCCGCUGUGCUCAAGACACACGGCAUCUUGGAGAGCUGGAGGCACUUGCAGGUGUACCUUGGCUUAAGGUGUUUGACUUUGAUCAGAAAAGUCGUGUCGAUGGAGUCUUGUCAGUCUGUGAGGAGAAGCUUAAGUCAACACGUGGCCUGACCAUUUCCACUCCCAUAGAUUCUCUGGACAGCCUAUCCAAUAGGUCGACUGACUGGUUCUUCCCAAGGGGACAUGUCCAUAAAAGGGAAAGUCUUGUAGACGGGUCUGAACGAGCAUGGGUGAAGAAGUAUGGCAAAGAAGUGGAAGCUCACUGCAGCCUUCUCUCAGAGUUUUGCCAUGACACUACCCUCCUGACAGCUGUUGUGUUGUGGUAUUCAGAUGAUGACGGUCUUGGUUUCUUGAAUCGGUUACUUAUGAAGAUGGACAGUGCCAUCGAUCCACUCAAAGUAGUCCUUUGUAUGCCUGAAGUUCCAAAGGCUACGGCAUCUAGGGAACUGGUGAAUUCAAUACAACGGUCCUUGGAAAUCGAGAAAGUUAUUGAAAUUCCUCUUGAGUGUGUCUGUUGGGGACUACAGAAGAUAGCCGAGGACAAUGAGGGAAGGGCUUCCAGUCAGCCGUAUCAGCUUCCUAAUGCUGUAAGCUUGGAACCGUUAGUAGUCAGUGCCUCGGAUGCCUGCUGGCUUCAACGAGAACUGGAUGUUCUGUACAUAAAUGAGACAUUUGAGCAGCCAGAUACUCAAACAUCUCAUCUUGGUGACAGCUUCCUGAGGGGAGGGGUGUUGACGUGGUAUGAAUACCAUCUGUCCUCCUUUGACGCACGUCGCACGCUGUAUGACGACGUGCUCAAUCAUGUGAAGAAACACAUCAUGAGAGGCCAGUCUACAUUGAUCACGUUGUACCAUGCUCCCGGAGGUGGUGGCACAUGCUUCGCAAGGCGCAUUCUGUGGGAUAUCCAUCAAAUUGAUCAAUCCGUUCCUUGUGUCUUUGCUUCUGCACCUACCAUGACAAUCAGUGAACUGCACAGUCGUUUGGACUGGUUGCACAACAAGACCCACCUUCCCGUCGUACUGCUCAUUGACAGCCAAGAUUCUAUCUUGGUGAAUCGCCUUUUCCACACCUGCUACAAUGUGAAGUUGAUCAUAUUGUAUGUCCAGAGGUAUAAUAUGGCCAUUCAUGAGAAGAAGCAGCGUGGAAAUGAGUUUUGGCUGAAGGGUAUUGUUGACAAGGACGAAGCAUUGAGGUUGGAGCGUGUCUUCGCACCCCACUGUAACCAGGAGAGGAAACAUGCGCUGAAGAUUCUCACUGAAGGGGUGGCAGUGCAUCAUGUCUAUGAGUUUGGGCUUACAGCAUAUGACAAUGAAUACGUGGGUGUGUCAUCUUAUGUGAAAGGGUACCUCGACAUUCCAAAGGAAGGUGCAUUGACAGCAUGGCAGACAGCUGUCGGAUACUUAGCCCUUGCGUAUUUCUACGGCCACAUUGGCAUCCCGAGACAGUUCUUUGCCAAGUUGCUUGGAGUGAGGGAGGAUCUUGAUGCACUCGUUACAACCGAGUAUCUCACGCAUCGGGGGAAGCAGUUUGUUUUUGAGGAGGACAACACAUGGAGAGUGACACACCAUGUUGUUGCAAAGGAGAUCCUUGAGCAAAUCCUCUGUCGACAGACAGGUAGACAUGACAAGGAGGGCAGGCUCAGCGAGAAUGCCAGGAAGCACUUGUCCGCAUUUGCCUGCAAGUUCAUCAAAGAGGCAGGAGUGAGACAGAUGAAGAACGGCGUGGCUUCCCCGGCUCUCAUGCGAGUCCUGAGGGACAUUUUCAUCAACAGGGACUACAAGGCCAUGGGACAGGAUGACAUCCAGAGGCGCCAGAUGAUGUCCCCGAUAAUCACAGAUAUCCCUCCUCAUGAUAACAGUAGAGAGAGGCUUGCUGUCUUGCAGGCUUUGACUGAGUGCUUCCCUCGUGAUCCCAACUUUUGGGGACAUCUGGGAAGAUUCUACGCCAUGUGUAGGGCAUCUGACGAAGAAGCGGAACGGUGUCUUGAAAAAGCACUGACUCUUCGUCAGGAGGAGAUUAGAUCCUACCAGUAUGCAAGGAGAAAGGAAGAAUCAAGUGGGGAUACUGUUCUGUGUCAAGUACAUCAUAUGUAUGGGAUCCUGUACAGCAGAAGAGUGGCAGAAGCAGUGGGUAGUAAACUGGGGGACUUCUCCAACUUCUACCACGACUUUGACCCAAAGAAACAGAACAUUCACGACGUCAUGAAGAAAGUUUCUGAUCUAGCAGUUCUAGCGAGGGAUUGCUUUACAAAGUCUCGAGAGCUGCUUGUCCCGGGCAUGGAGGAAAGCUUUGGGUACAUCGGGGAGAUCACUUGUCGUUUGCAGAUUGUUGACUUUCUGCAGAGGUUUUACCCAUCUGGGUACUUUGCCUACCUUGAUGACGACAAUGCGCCUGGUGACGUUGUGGAAUUCUUGAGCUCUUGCUUUUCGGAGUGCGACCACCUAAUGGCUGCAUGCUUGGACCGCUGCACGUACGAAGACCUGAUGAGAAACGACAGUUUCCUACAGUGCGUCAACUGGUUCAAUGUGCUGUUCAAAAACGCAGCAGAGGCCCUGCAGAGGUGGGAGGGGGGCGACAGUAUUCGAAGCAGAAGAAGCAGGAUCGCUGCCCUGAAAAUCAAACACCACAACCUGACCAAACAGAGCAAGAGAACGUUUCUCAGCUUGGAGAACAUCCAUUCUAAGGACGACAUUGCUCACAUCAUUGAGCUGUUUGAGUGUACAUUUCAGGAGGUGUAUGAGCAAAACCUACCGAUGGACAUCGGUGUGGAGGUGAAAGAUUGGCUGCUGGCUAUUCGACAUGUUUACUGUAGCCAGACCUAUCCUCUAGAAAACGUCCUCCUUCAGGUACGCCGUUGGUAUGAAAAGAGUCCCAAGUCCCCCCUUGCUGUGUAUUACCUGUAUGUACUGAACACUGUCUUGGCUAUUGGGAAGAAGAAACAGUCUGGUUCAAGCCGAUACUUUGCGGAGUCCAAACGACUGCUUCCCGAAAUGAAGCAACUCAGCCGACUCGUCCACCGUUAUGUCAAGACUCGGGAAUGGCUCGGCGUGGAAGACGGACAAGGGAUCCGACGACUGGUCCACCGCGGCAAGCUGGGAGAGUGGAGCCAAGAACAAAGGUUCUGGAAAGAUCCAAGCAAGACGGCCUUGUUGGAAGUAAGAACAGGUACAGUGUGUUUCUCACGAGAACAACUGCAUGGGACCAUCGAACUGGACACUGGGCAGCACCACAGCGGAGAGCCCUUGAAAGUGUUUUUUGUCCCAAAAAUCUUUGGCAUGUUUGGAAAGAAGUUCGAGAACCUGCGUGUUCAGUUCUACAUUGGUUUCGGCAUUGAUCGAGGUUGUGAAGCGUUCAAUCUGAAAGAGCUACAGAAAGUUGCUUGCACUUUCUGCAAGACACCUACAGAGGUGCCCUCGUUGGGACCAACCCGCACUGCCCGUUGCAUGAAGUGCAAAAAUGUUGUCAGGGCUACUGGGAAUGACUAGGACAAAAUGAGAAAUAUUUGAAUAUUGCGACCAAAUUUCUGCAGGUUAUUGUGCAAGUUAUGUUUGCAAAAGAUUAUGGGGUUCAGUAAAGAGUAAGACUACUAUAGCCUUGCCCUCCUGCCUAACACAGUAAGUAAUUGCCCUUCUUGAAAUUGUUGCCAAAAAUAUAGCUCUGUAGGGAGCAGGCUAGUCGCAAAUUAUACCCAAACUAAUUUCUUCUGUCAACUACAACACAUUCUGUCUAAAUGUAUUCCUUUCUCCUUUGCUACUUAAUCUUUUGCAAAUUACUUCAUCUGUCUCAAACCCUGAUAUCUCAGCAGUGUGUCAACCACCAUUGCAGGAUUCCACCAUGGUUCAAAUACCAUCCAUCAAAUACCAUCCAAUAUUUUUUCAGUUGCAUUAUAAACAUCAUGUUGCCAUGUGGAAAAUCUUCUCGAUUGAAUGAACUACUCCUCCUUGGGUGUUAAAUUUCUAUUUUUGUAUUGUAAUCCAGAAUUAAGAAUGGCAAGAAAAUGAUCUAUUUUUUUCAGAAGUUAGUUGUCACUUGGUGUGCCCAUUUAUAUUAGGAAACAGUGUUGGUCCCUAUAUAAUGUCAUUGGUGUGCCUGUUCAUAUUCUGAUAGGUUUCACAAUUUUUUGACAAGGUUUGAAAGAUUGGGGCUAAAUUCCAUAAUGGUAAAGUGGGUAUAAUGGAAUUUAAAAAUUCUCGGAUGUUAGCUGCUAUAGAUAUAUAGCUGUAUUGUCUGUAUGGGCCAGUUGCUUAAUGUGUGGCAUCCUUUUAAGUAUAGAAUGUGCUUUCAGACUGUGUUUACCAGCUUUCAAGUUAGUACAACGUCAUGGUAAUUAUUUAUUGCAUUGUAGGUAAACGUAGCAAUCACACUGCUAUCAACAAAUGUGUGUAUUCCAGGACAAAGAAAAUGUGUAUACCAGUA